GCAUGAACACUUAUGCUUUAUAUCUUCUUCAGGAGGGAAAGAUCUGGGAGGGUAUCUUCUAUUCUUUUACCUCUAUGUCCCAGCUUCAGAGAGGGUCCAACUUAAAACCAUUCAUACAUCAAGCACUAUUAAUAGUCAAGCACUAUUAAUAGUCUCUGCUGAUAGCAUUUCUGCCAUGAGAGUGUUGCUUUUGUCACUAAUGAGGAUUUUUUACUCAGCACUUGGGACGUCCACAGCAAACGUGGAAAUCUCUGGGACUUCACCCUCCCUCCCCAGCCCCACAGUCACUGAACCUCUUCUGAUGCAGUUCACCCUCAACUUCACCAUCCUGAACCUGCAGUAUGAGGAGGUGAUGGAUCACCCUGGCUCCUGGAAGUUCAACACUACAGAGAGCAUCCUGCAGGGUCUGCUCAGGCACUUGUUCCAGAACACCAGUGUGGAGCCUCUGUACUCUCACUGCAGACUGACCUUGCUCAGGCCCAAGAGGAACCAGGAAGCCACUGGAGUAGAUGCCAUCUGUACCCUCCACCCAGGCCUGGCAGGUCGCAGGCUGGACAGAGAGCGGCUCUAUUGGGAGCUGAGCCAUCUGACUCAUGGUGUCACUAGGCUGGGCCCCUACACCCUGGACAAGGACAGUCUCUUUGUCAAUGGUUUCACCCAUAGGAGUUUUGUGCCCAUAACCAGCACUCCUGAAAUUUCCACCACAGACAUCAGGACUUCCAUGAUCCCUUCCUUCUUUCCCAGCCCAACAACCACUGAAGCGCUCCUAUUGCCUUUCACUCUCAACUUCACUAUCCUCAACCUGCACUAUGAGGCGGUCAUGGAUCGCCCUGGCUCCUGGAAGUUUAACAGCACGGAGAGGGCCCUGCGUCAUCUACUCAGGCCCUUGUUCAACAGUACCAGUGUGGGCCAUUGCUACUCUGGCUGCAGACUGACCUCACUCAGGCCUGAGAAGGACCAGGCAGCCACUGGAGUAGAUGCUAUCUGCACCCUUCGCCCGUAUGCAGCAGGCAGCAUUCUGGACAGAGAACAGCUCUACUGGGAACUGAGCCAGCUGACCCAUGGUGUCACUGAGAUGGGCCCCUACACCCUGGACAAGGACAGUCUCUAUGUCAAUGGUUUCACACACAGGAGCUCUCCACACGUCACCAUCGGUCCAGGCACCUCGACUGCAAACAUUCCAACCACAAGGACUCCUUCUGCCCUCCCAGGCUCCACUGCCACUGAAGCCCUCCUGUUGCCUUUCACCCUCAACUUCACUAUCCUCAACCUGCACUAUGAGGCAGUAAAGGAUUGCCCUGGCUCCUGGAAGUUCAACAGCACAGAGAGGGUCCUGCAGCAUCUACUCAGGCCCUUGUUCAACAGUACAAGUGUGGGCCAUCGCUACUCUGGAUGCAGACUGACAUCACUCAGGCCUGAGAAGGACCAGGCAGCCACUGGAGUAGAUGCCAUCUGCACCCUACAUCCUCACCCGGCAGGCGGUGUCCUGGACAGAGAGCAGCUCUACUGGGAGCUGAGCCAGCUGACCCAUGGCGUCACUGAGCUGGGCCCCUACACCCUGGACAAGGACAGUCUCUAUGUCAAUGGUUUCACACACAGGGAGAGCCCUCCACACAUCAUCAUCGUUCCCAGCACCUCGACUGCAAACAUUCUAACUUCAGGGACUCCUUCUGCCCUCCCAGGUUCCACAGCCACUGUAGCUCUCCUGUUACCUUUCACCCUCAACUUCACCAUCCUCAACCUGCGCUAUAAGGCGGUCAUGGAUCGCCCUGGCUCCUGGAAGUUCAACAGCACAGAGAGGGUCCUGCAGCAUCUACUCAGGCCCUUGUUCAACAGUACCAGUGUGGGCCCUCGCUACUAUGGCUGCAGACUUACCUCACUCAGGCCUGAGAAGAACCAGGCAGCCACUGGAGUAGAUGCCAUCUGCACCCUCCGCCCUCACCCGGCAGGCGGUGUCCUGGACAGAGAGCAGCUCUACUGGGAGCUGAGCCAGCUGACCCAUGGCAUCACUGAGCUGGGCCCCUACACCCUGGACAAGGACAGUCUCUAUGUCAAUGGUUUCACACACAGGGAGAGCCCUCUGCACAUUAUUGUCUCUCCCAGCACCUCGACUGCAAACAUUCCAACCUCAGGGACUCCUUCCGCCAUCCCGGGCUCCACAGCCACUGAAGCGCUUCUGUUGCCUUUCACCCUCAACUUCACCAUCCUCAACCUGCGCUAUGAGGCGGUCAUGGAUCACCCUGGCUCCUGGAAGUUCAACAGCACGAACAGGGCCCUGCAGCAUCUACUCAGGCCCUUGUUCAACAAUACCAGUGUGGGCCCUCGCUACUCUGGCUGCAGACUGACCUUACUCAGGCCUGAGAAGCACCAGGCAGCCACUGGAGUAGAUGCCAUCUGCACCAUCCGCCAGCACCCAGUAGGCAGCAUCCUGAACAGAGAGCAUCUCUACAGGGAGCUGAGCCAGCUGACCCACGGUGUCACUGAGCUGGGCCCCUACACCCUGGACAAGGACAGUCUCUAUGUCAAUGGUUUCACACACAGGGAGAGCCCUCCACAUGUCACCAUCAUUCCCAGCACCUCGACUGCAAACAUUCCAACCUCAGGGACUCCUUCCGCCCUCCCGGGCUCCACAGGUUUCACUUCUCACAACUCUCUUCACUUCACCAGCACAACAAGCUUCGCUCUGGUGCCCUUUACCAUUAACUUCACCAUCACAAACCUGCAUUACGUACCUGACAUGAGGCACCGAGGAUCUGCAAUAUUCAAGACAACAGGGGAGAACCUGCAGCUCAUGCUUGCUUCUUUGUUCAGGAACACCAGCAUUGGCCCACUGUAUUCUGGCUGCAGACUGAUCUCUCUCAGACCAGAAAAGGACAAAUCAGCCACCAGAGUGGAUGCCAUCUGUACCCUCCACCCUGACUCAGCAGGCCACAGGCUGAACAGAGAGCAGCUUUACUGGGAGCUGAGCCAGCUGACACACAGUGUCACUGAGUUGGGCCCCUACACCCUGGACAAGGACAGCCUCAACAUCAAUGGUUACACUCACCGGGUCCUGACCUCUACCCCUAGCAUUGUGAUGGGCUACACCAUGUCUCCUGCUACUUCAGGGACCUCUGUUCCAGUCCCCACAGCUGCUGGCUCUCUCCUAAUGACGUUCACCCUCAACUUCACCAUCCUGAACCUGCAUUACAAUGAGGACCUUGAUCGCCCAGGCUCUUGGAGGUUCAACACCACAGAAGGGGUCAUGCAGAACCUGCUCAAGUCCUUGUUCCAGAACACUAGCAUUGGCCCCCUGUACUCCAGCUGCAGAUUGACCUCGCUUAGGCCCAAGAAGAAUGGGGAAGCCAUAGGGGUAAACACCAUCUGCAACCUCCGCCCUGACCUUAUAGGCCAUGGGCUGGACAGGGAGAAGCUGUACGGGGAACUGAGCCAGCUCACCCACGGUGUCACCCGGAUAGGCCCCUUUAACCUGGACAAGGACAGUCUCUAUGUCAAUGGUUACACACACCAGACCCUGACUGCCAUUCCUAGGACCACACAAACACCUCUGGUGCACUUCACCGUCAACUUCACCAUCACCAGCCUGCACUUCAGGAAAGACAUGCAGCUUCCGGGCUCCCCGAGGUUCAACAAUCUAGAGAAGUCUCUGCAGAUCCUGCUGGAUCUCCUGUUCCAAAAAACCAGCAUCGGCCCACUGUACUCUGGCUGCAGACUGACCUUGCUCAGACCUGAGAAGAAUGGGUCAGCCACUGGAGUGGACACCAUCUGCACCCUCCACCGUGACCCCACAGGCCAUGGACUGGACAGAGAGAUACUAUACCAAGAACUGAGCCAGCUGACCUACAGUGUCACCCAGCUGGGCCCCAGAACCCUAGACCAGGAUAGUCUCUAUGUCAAUGGUUAUACACAGAAGAUGAAGACCACCACCUCCAGCACCACUGGCCCUGGUCUCCUGGUGGCCUUCACCAUCAACUUCACCAUCACCAACGUGAAGUACACAAAUGACAUGGGACAUCGAGAUUCCUUACAGUUUAACAAAACUGAAAGGGUCCUACAAACCAUGCUCACAUCCUUGUUCAAUCAGACCAGUGAAGCCUCUGUCUAUGCUGGUUGCAGACUGGCCUCGCUCAGGCCUGCAAAGGGUGGAGCGGCCACCAGAGUGGACGCCAUCUGCACCUUCCAUUCUCACCCUGCGGGUCCUGAACUAUACAGAGAACUGCUGUACUGGGAGCUGAGCCAGCUGACCUAUAACAUCUCCCAUCUGGGUCCCUUCCAGCUGGAUAGGAAUAGUCUCUAUGUCAACGGUUAUACCUAUGCAGCCCCAAUUUCCACCGAUGGGGAGCUCAGCAAAGAGCCCUUCAUGCUGAAUUUAACCAUCAACAACCUGCACUACUCAGCAGAAAUGGGGCACCUUGGCUCCCACACGUUCAACAUCAUGGACACCCUCAUGCAGCACCUGCUCCAUCCUUUGUUCCAGAAGAGCAGCCUAGGUGCACGAUAUGUGGGCUGCAAGGUCACCUCGCUAAGGCCCCUGAAGAAAGGCAGCCACACACAGGUGGACCUGUUCUGCACCUACUGGCAGCCACAUGGUGCCCCGGUUCUGCUUGCCAAGCGGGUGUUCCAUGAGCUGAGCGAGCAGACCUACGGCAUCACCCAGCUGGGCCCCUACUCUCUGGACAAAGAUAGCCUCUAUGUUAAUGGUUAUAAUGAACGUGGUCCAGAUAAACCUCCUACAACUCAUGUACCGGUUACCACAUUCCAGCCUUCUCCAGGAGACACCACAGGACAGAAAAUACCCAUCCUAAGUGAGUACCAGCUGAUUUUCCGCAUCAUCAACUGGAACCUCAGCCAUCCAGGUGCCAACUCCUCAGGGUCCGCCACCCUAAAAAGGGACAUCCAGGACAAGGUCACUGCACUCUACGCAGGCAGCCAGUUACGAGACAUGUUCCACACCUGCCUGAUCACAAACCUGACGUUGAACCCCAUGUGGGUCACUGUCAAGGCACUGUUCUCCUCCAAUCUGGACCCCCACUUGGUGGAGCAAGUCUUUCUAAAUAAGACCCUGAAUGGCUCAUCCCACUGGCUGGGCACCACCUACCAGUUGGCAGAUCUACAUGUGACAGAAAUGGAGAUACCUCUUGAUUCACCCACUGGCCAACCAAUAAUCAGUUCCAGCCCUCAGCACUUCCAGCUGAAUUUCACCAUCACCAACCUUUUAUAUUCCCAGGACAUAGUCCAGCCAAACGCUGGCAAACACCAGCAAAACAAAAGGAGUAUCGAGGAUGCGCUCAACCAACUCUUCCAUAACAGCAGCAUCAAGAGCAAUUUUUCUGACUGUCAAGUUUUAGCAUUCAGGCCCAUCCCUCACAGCAAUCAUACCGGAGUGGACUCCCUGUGUCACUUGUCCCCAUUCACUCAGAGACCAGACAGAGUUACCAUCUAUAAGGAAUUCUUACAGAUGACUCAGGAUGGUACCCGGCUGCAGAACUUCACCCUAGACAAGAACAGCAUCUUUGUGGAUGGGUAUUCUCCCAAUGGAGAUCCCUCCACUGAGAAUUCUGGUCUUCCCUUCUGGGCCAUCAUCCUCAUCGCCCUGGCAGGACUCAUGAUAUGCCUCCUCGCUGGUUACCUGAUAAUCAUCUGCCUGCGGAAGAAGAACAAGGGCGACUAUGAGGUUGAGCGACGCCACCUGCGCUAUUAUCUGUCACAUCUGAACCUGAGGAAGCAGCAUUGACUGCAUCUGCCUGGGUUCCUUUUCCCUGGCCACUCACUUGGCUGGGGCAGAAAUAAACCACAUU